CAUCACUACUUUGCUUUCGCAGAGCCGAGGGGAGGGUCCGGCUCGGCUUGGGAAAGGCUCCGCCGCCGCCGCUGCUGCCGCUACUACUACAAUCUUACUACUGUUGCUGCCGCCGCCGCCUUUGCGGGGAAGAAAUAAAUAAAUAAAUACCCCACCGAGGGCGCGCGCCUGUCCGCCGUCACCCCGCUGCGCGCGCCUCGGCGCACCCCCCUUACCUAUUCCUUCUCUUACAUCCCAAGGCGCUGCUGCUUUUUUUUAUAAUUAAAGGCUUAUUUUUUUUUUGGACUCUUGAAAUCCGACGCGCACUACCAAGAACUCUUCGAACCCGGCUUGCUGCAUCGCUCCCUGGGAUUUACAACCGAGAUCUUUGGACGGACUGCUUUUGCUUUUUUUUUUUUGCUUUUUGAGGGAUUUACAAGGAAAGGGGGGCCGAGCAGAUUGUCGUCCCCCACUUGGCUUUUUUUCUUUUUAAACCUGCGUUCGUUGGCUCCCCUUUUCUCAUAGAUAUAUCCGCAACGUCCCAAAUAAUCGACCCGCUGUCUUUUUUAGCCGGGACCUGGGAGGAACCGGCACUGUCCCCAGCCACCAUGCCUCUGACGGUGCCCAGCUUCAGCCGGGCAUACGAUUACGACUAUGACUCGGUGCAGCCGUACUUCUACUUCGAAGACGAGGAGGAGAACUUCUACCUGACGGGGCACCACCGCGGCUGCGAGCUGCAGCCGCCCGCGCCGUCGGAGGACAUCUGGAAGAAGUUCGAGCUGCUUCCCACGCCGCCUCUGUCGCCCAGCCGCCGCUCGAGCUGCUUCCCGUCCAGCGCCGACCAGCUGGAGAUGGUGACGGAGCUGCUGGGCAGCGACGUGGUCAACCAGAGCUUCAUCUGCGACCCGGGCGACGACGCCUUCGUCAAGUCCAUCAUCAUCCAGGACUGCAUGUGGAGCGGAGGCUCCACCGCCGCCAAGCUCCAGCAGGUCGUCUCCGAGAAGCUCGCCUCCUACCAGGCCGCCCGGAGGGACGGCGCGGCCGCGGCGCGCAGCGGCAGCCUCCCGCAGCCUUCCCCGACGGCGCCCGUCGCCGCCGCCUCCUCCUCGGCUUCCUCGUCCGCUGCCUCUUCCGCCGCCGCGUCUCCCAGCAGCGCCUACCUGCAAGACCUGGGCGCCACGGCUGCCGAGUGCAUCGACCCGUCCGUCGUCUUUCCGUACCCGCUGAGCGAGAAGCCCCCCAAAGUCGAGGCCGCCUCCCCGGAGCCUAGCCCGGCUCCCUUGCUGGUUCAGGACACGCCGCCCACCACAAGCAGCAGCAGCGACUCUGAAGAGGAAGAGGAGCAAGAAGAGGAAGAGGAGGAAGAAAUCGAUGUGGUUACAGUAGAGAAAAGGCAGCCCGCGUCGAGGAAAUCGGAGUCCGGUACGCACAGGAAGCCCCACCACAGUCCCCUGGUCCUCAAGCGGUGUCACGUCCCCAUCCACCAGCACAACUAUGCUGCCCCUCCGUCCACCCGCGUCGAAUACCCGUCCGCCAAGCGGCUAAAGUUGGACAGUGGCCGAGUCCUCAAACAGAUCAGCAACAACCGCAAAUGCUCGAGUCCGCGCACCUCGGACUCCGAAGAGAACGACAAGAGGAGGACGCACAACGUCUUGGAGCGCCAGCGGCGGAAUGAGCUCAAGCUGAGCUUCUUCGCCUUGCGAGACCAGAUCCCCGAAGUGGCCAACAACGAAAAGGCCCCGAAAGUCGUCAUCCUCAAGAAGGCCACGGAGUACGUCUUGUCCAUCCAGUCGGACGAGCACAGACUGUUAGCCGAAAAGGAACAGCUGCGGAGGAGGCAGGAGCAGUUGAAAAGCAAACUCCAGCAGCUAAGGAACUCUUGUGUUUGAAAACAAAAAC